CUGUCUCAGCUGCACUGAAGGAAAGGAGAGAGCAGGGGCGAGUGAUAUCUACACACUCAAGCGGAAGGACUUUAACUGUUUGCCCGGAUCACCAUGGUGCCACCACAGCAGAAGACCAAGAGCCCAGUAAUGGAGUACGCCAUUGGCUUUGUGCUUGGAUCAGUGGCUGGAAGUACGCUGGGAGCCAUGGAGGUGCCAGUGAAUCAGAUUAUGACAGGGAUCAUCUCAGGAACCCAUCUGAAACCCGUCGUAUCUGGCAUUAAGAGUGUUGGGGCUCUAGGACUGGGCUCGCUUCUAGGAACUACUGCGCUCAUCACAUCAAUGACAGCGGUGGCGACGGGGGUCGUCGGAGCCGCUUCUGUGGCCUUGUUUCUUUUAAGAGUGAGGAAGAGUGAGGGAUGGGCAUCCGCAGGACUGGCCGCGGGCAUCGCCACUACCUCAAGCGGUGCAGCGCUAGGGGCCGUCACUGAAAAACUGAGCAUGAGCUACGGGAUGGUCAGCCUGCUUUGGGCAUUGGGUAUUUUCACAGCCUUAAAACUAUUAAUCUACAUCUUUGUGAAGUUCACAUGCACGGAAUGGGAAUUCUGUGGAAUUUUUACUGAACUUAACAAGAAAGACCAAGAGAAACUAUUUGCUAUGGAAGUAGAUCUAAGACAGCGGGUAGCGAUGGAAAUGGAGCAGCGGAUUAUUGCCUGCAAGAUGGAGGAACUGAAAGAGGAAGAUCUAGAGGCUUGGAAGGCCCAGCAAAGAGAAAGAGAAGAAAUGAAGAGACAGCAAAGGAAGGGCGUUGAACUGGAAAUGCGCCAGAGGACUUCUCGACAACGGCUGCUCAAAGCGGUGGACAAAUACAUGGAGUUUCUUGCAUUAUCUGGCAUUCCCAUGACCGUGACUGCAUUUGUGACCACUGGUUUUGGCAUCUUUGGGUUUGGAGAUUACAGAUUUGUUUUUGUUAUCCUGUUAGUGUUGGUGUUGAGCAUGUCGUUUUGGCUCAUGAGGUCACGGCGUUUGAGCUUUUGGAUGUUUACGGGAUGCAUGGCAAUGUUUGCCACAUUUGCCAUUGCUGUGCUGACUGUUCAUGCCGGACAGGAGGUGGCAGGCAUGUCUGUGAAAAUGCGUAGGGCAGGACUAAACAUAAGCAAGGAGAAUGUUAGCAUCCGGAUGACACACACAUCCUCCGUGCAGGCGAUUUCUGCAGGAUUCUUCGUGUCAGAAGUGUGCCAGGUUGGUUUAGGUGCAACAGUCGGCGGUGCGAUGGCACGAGAGGCUGGAGGAAAGGUGGUAGUGUGGGCGUCUGGGAUUGCAGUGGUUGUUUUGACGAUAGUGGAAGCGUUGGCGCUGAUGCUGGGAGUCGGUGGUACGGCGGGGGCUUUGUGCGGGGCGGCUGGAGCGGCUGGGGUGUCCAUGGGAGGAGCUGCAGCUUUAGCUGUGAAAUCAUCCUCAUGGGGAGGAACAAUAGCAACCACUGCUGGGAUGAUCUUUGGCCUUUUGGUGUUUGGAAAGUGGGACAUUGUUAAAAUAGGGCUUCAGGUAUGUGUGGCAUACAUUUUUGCCAUGACAAAUCUUUAUUGAAAUGCCAUGAUGUUCUUUUUUUACUAAUGGAAUGGCAAGAAUCAGCCUCUAUGAACUAUAUAACAGUGGAUGCAGUGCCUCAU